AUGUCUUCAGCACCGCCAGUGGCUUCCGUCCACUCUGGAAUGGAGGCAGCGCAAUCAUUCCGUCACGAGUAUGGAAGAGACCUGAACAAUCAGUCAGAAGUCUAUCGUUUAGCCGCAGACGCUGAGGAGUUAGAUCGUCUUGAUAAACAAUACGAAAUGUUUUGUAAAGUGAUGGGGAGGUAUCCACCUCCAGUGGCGGAAAUAUUGACAGGUGAUGCGUUCGGCGGAGACAACACCAAGGCCGUGCUGGACCUUGGUUGUGGAAGUGGAAUAUGGAUAAUGGAUGUUGCUCGCGAGUUUCCGCAAUGCACUGCGGUGGCUGUUGAUCUGAUCCCCAUGCAAUCAGUGUCCAUGCCUCCUAACUGUAGGAGCGAAGUAGAUGACAUAAACUUCGGAUUAGAACACUUCUACGGCAAGUUUGAUGUGGUUCACUCGAAACUGAUAUCAUCAGGCGUCGAAGAUUAUCAAAACCUGAUAGAUAAGAUUAGUCAUAUUCUACGGCCAGGAGGCUUGAUUGACGUCAGCGAAUUUGCCUUUGUCUUUUAUGGCCGCGACAAAGAAAAAUUAUCUCCUCCGCCAGGGACGGUACAACCACCCUGGGCUCCCCUGUGGAUGUCCCUUGCUAAUGCGGCCGUAAAGAAACGUGGAGGCAGCGCGGAUGCGUCUCUGUACUUACAUUCAUGGGUCUCUGAACACCCUGCUUUCGAAGACGUGGUUUAUCGCGAGUGGUGGAUACCAUGUUCUCCGUGGCUUGAAGGUGAUGACCCAGACACACAGUUUUGGAACGGCAUAGGUUUAACUAUGAGAGACGAUGUAUUGGCUUUCAUGAGAUCUGGUCGACCUCUUCUGCUUAGCGGUGGACUUUCGGAAGAAUUUGUCGACGAUAUCAUGGCUAAAGCGCAGGAUGAGCUUAUGGAGGCCAAGACGCCGAUCUAUGUUCACGUACAAAAUGUAUACGCUCGUAAGAAGCACACUUGA